CGUUGCAGGCUGUAUGUACCGAGUAGUUCAGACGCCGGGACCAGAUGGAAAAAACCUUCUGAAAUUACUUCCAAUUUCUAAAUCUCCCGGAAGCUUUCUGCCAAUAGCUCAGUCUUCAGCCAUGCCAAAUAAUUCUAAAGCGAACGUUUCUAGUCCAGUCCAUCUUACUUUUAAGACACAGCUUGGCAAUACGGCUGCACCUUCAUCUGUUAAAAUACCCGUUUUUCAGUCUCCUAGUUCUCGAAAUAUAAUUCUUACAAGGACAUUAGACAAAGAGGAAAGUGGUAGGGCAGGUUGUGAAAAAGAAAGCUUAAUUCCCAAGUCAACGGGUAGUGGUUGUGUUCCCGUUGACAGACUCUCUUUGCAGAACAUUGCUGUAAUGAGCUCAUCCAACCCCAGUAACACCACAUACAUGUUGGUCAACCCCCAAACUGCCCCAGUUCCUGCCAAGUCUUCAGUGCUGCCAUCUGGCCACCACCUUCAGAUACCAGCUGAUGCAGAGGUGAAAUCUGUCCCAGCUUCUUCUUUACCACCUGCAAUACAGCAGAAAAUAUUUGCAGCUGCAACAACAAACGUGCCUGGAGGAGCUGAGGGCGCAAAAAUACCGACUGUUAUUUACGUGUCUCCAGUGAACACGGUGAAAACGAUGCUCCCAAAGCAUCUGCAAGCUGCCUGUGCAAAAGGAGGGGCAGAAGUUGCACAAGCAUUGAUAAUGACAGCUACCCAAACGGGAAACGGUGCUUCCCCUGAGGCAGCGGCAUCUGAUGGGAAGCAGUGCCAGCAAACUCCAAUCAAAUGGAUUCUGCAAGGAAAUCCGCAGUCGUCAGUGUCUUGCCUUACUCCUGUGAAGUCCUCGAAUAACGUGGCUUCCCAGAUCUUGAAAACUUUGGCAGACAUGAAGAAUGUAGAAGUUAACGCCUCCAAUAUUUUACCCCUCUGUUCUAGCGGUCCUGGUGGAAGCCAAACGAAGAUCACAGCUAUUAAAGAUAACGCCCUGGUCAUGUGCAACGGGAAGGUCUAUUUGUUGACCAGAAGAGGCUCUGACAUCCUAUCAGCCCCAGCUGACAAACAAGCAUCUUCCUCUUCUGAUGUUUCGCUUAAAAAGGAGACAGCCAAGCUAAUUGGUUCUACUGCAGUCAAUAAAAUAACCAAUAAAGUAGUGAAUCUGGUCUUGUCAAAAAACAAAGGAGUGGUGGUGUCUCAGGGGGACCCAAAUCCAAGUACAGACUCAACAGAUUCUUCACUGGAUGACUUGAGAAAUGACUUAAAAUCUGCACCUGCUGUUCUGGUGACACCAAGUGCUGACCAGCAGGAUUCCACUGAAGACCAGAGGAAGAGUUUGCCCUUUGCCAAGGGCAUUUCGAGUGGAGUGACCCCUGUGACAGCAGUGGGGACACAGGAAAAGGUGUGCCAAAAUGGCAAAGAAAAGAGCUGUGCCCCCAAAGCAGCAGGUGCUGCUUUGCCUCAGUCUGAGCAAGAAUGUGCUUUCAGUGAAGACUGUCAAAAGAUCCAGUGUGAAAAGAUGAAUUCACCAAGAAAGGGUAUUCAAGUCAAACACCAGGAGAAGUCACAUUGGAAACAAUACUUGGAACUAAGGAAAAAAUUUGGUCUCUUUAAGGAAGAGAGAGUGUACCUUAAGAGAAUGCCAUUAAAGACCUGUGAGAAACCAGAAGAAAGGGUUUGUUCCAGUAACGGCUUGAAAAGGAGAAAUGACUCUUGCAGUUCAUCCUCGUUAGAUGUGGAAAUAACGAACCAACAGGAGGAAUGUGUUAAAGAGGAAAAGGUAAUUGUGGAUCGGGAAGAGGGUUUGACUAAGAAAAGAAAAAUAAAAUCUUCACCACUGUCAGACGGCGCAAAGAGAAGGAAAAAUUCAGUCAAAUCAACCCCAAAUCCAAGUUCAGAAAGUACCAGCUCAAGCUGCAGUGUAAUUAACAGGAGAGUUUCACCUCCACCAGUGUUACCACAGCAAAGUGUUUCCACAGACGUUGUUCUGCUGUCUGUAGGGAGGGACUCUGAGGAAGACCCCUGCUCUCAACCGAGCGACGUCCCAGACUCAAGCAUUCCAAUUUUAGUGUCUUGUGAAGGCGAUUCACAAGAUUCCAUCUUUGAAGGUUCUUUCAGAGAUGACGUUUUCCCUUUGACUCCCCCAGACUUGGAUGAAACCAUCCGGGAUGAAAAAAUAAAACGACUUAAACAGCUCUUAAGAGAACGAGAAGCGGCGCUGGAAGAGGUGCGCAGGAAGAUGCAGCAGAGCUGA